AACACCCUACGAAUAUCACCUCUAGCCUUCAAAGAAGCAAUGGCCGAUGAGUCUGCAGCGUCCACCACCCUCGAGCAGGUGACCCGGCCAUUAGACCUGAUUCCGGUCGUGAUCAAAGAAGCCGCGCUCGAUUCUCCCACUUUUCGCGCCACCGCUGUCCAUUUCGGCGACCAAAUCGACCUAAUAGAACGAUGGCUCGAUGGCUACAUCCGCGCAGUGUCAAGGCUGGCGACCGAAAUGAAUGCGCUACAAUCAUUGGUAGAUGGCUACAUCCAGGCAUCGCACCCCCCUCUUCAGCUAUCCGAAGCUGUGCUCGAUCACGACUACACUGUCUUGGCUUUGAAACGAUUUGGUGAAGGCGCACGCGAAUUUUGGAACAGCACACUACGGAGCAUGAAGAAGGCUGAGUCCAAUGUCUGCGAGCCAAUCCGCGCUUUCUUACAAAACGACCUCCGCAUGUUGAAAGAUGCCAGAAGAAGUUUGGAUAAUACCCAGAGAGUUUUCGACGGCGCAAUUGCACGAUACGCUGGGCAAAUCAAGACAAAGGAGGCAUCCUCGUUGCGCGAAGAUGCGUUUCAGUUGCACGAGGCCAGGAAGGCAUAUUUAAAAGCCAGCAUGGACUUUUGUGUCCUUGCCCCGCAGGUUCGCGUCACAUUGGACAAGAUCUUAGUCAAAGUAAUCUCAGAGCAAUGGCGCGACAUGAGAACAGCACGAGAAAGCUCUGCUAAAUCUUUCAAUACCUGGAGUUCUGACAUGGACCGUGUUCGUGGGUGGAGUAAAGAGAUAGAAAAUGGCGAGCGCGUGUUCAAGCGAGAGCUUCAUCUCGCACGCCAACAGGUCGAGAAUAGUGCUGAGUUGAGUGCGAGGCCAUCCCGUGAUAUCGAUUCUUAUGCUAUUUCGACAGUCCCCUAUUUAUCCUCGCAAGCGGCUUCUUCGGCCAAUAUUCCGUCCCCUGCAAAACCGGAUUCCACGAUUGAAAAGUCAGAAAAGCAGGGUUGGCUCUUCCAACGCACCAUCACCGGAAAACCUGCGCGCACAUACUGGGUUCGCAGAUGGUUCUUUGUGAAGCAUGGCAUCUUUGGUUGGCUCACCCAGGGCACUCGCUCUGGUGCUGUAGAGGAGUCGGAAAAGAUUGGUGUCUUGCUAUGCGGUAUUCGGCCUGCAUUCCAAGAAGAAAGACGCUUUUGUUUUGAGGUUAAAACUAAAGACACGACAAUCCUUCUGCAAGCGGAUACGCAGACUGAUCUUACCGAAUGGAUCUCGUCAUUCGAAGUGGCCAAGCGAAAAGCACUCGAGGACUCAAAAGAUGCUGGAGCACCAGGCUCUGUUGACGCCGCCUUUUCUAUUAGCCCACCGGUUGCCCCGGAAUUUGCCGCAAAAACAUCAGAAGGUCAUGCAAGCCAUCUUAGUGACGAUAUUGGAGCGCUUGAUAGAUCCGAAACACUCGCUAUUCCGCAACCGGACGGCUUGGUGGCCCGCGGAAGCUUUGAUGUAGCUCGCCGAAGUACGGGCAUAGACGUGGGCGAGAGCGGUAGACGAGAUCAUGCCACAAGAAUCAUGGAAAAGCUGGAUCUGACUCGUAAAUCCACUGUUGGACCCCAGCUGAGUGGGAGCAAUCCUUCAUCUGCUUCAGGCGGUAUAGCCAGUUUGAUCUCUGCGAGUCUUGCUUCUGCGAGUCAUAACAUCGUACAAGUUGGCCAAAUAACUGCACCUGCACCGGGUCUUCCAGAUACUCGAUUAGUUUUGGGACAAACACUACCCCAUAGUAGUUUGUCCCCUUCUACACUUGCCAAUCCACCUGCACCCACAAAUCUCAGUAAAGCAGCCGUUGCAGUGAGCGGUGAACGGGGCUUAGGUAUAGGCAGGUCGGGUAACAUGCCAGGCGGCCUGAUGGCUAAUCUUUGGGGCUCUGUGAACUGGGGCUACAUUAAUCUUCUUGGAAAAGACGACGAUAAUGUCGGUAGGGAUCGAAGCGUAACUGAUCCUGUCAGUCCAACACUCCGCUCCUCACCGUUGGAUCCGUUUGGAGCCAGUGAAGCGCCGUCAAGGGACCCCUCACCUGGACCCACAAGCUCGUCCAAUGCCAAUCAUCGCAAGACAAUGAGCUUAGGCGCGUCAUCAAUUGCUCCCAGGCCGAGUGUUUCUACUGAAGAGUUCCCGAAUUAUUAUCCCCUAGCUUUACGCAUGCAGGACGCACAGUUUCGCAUACUAUUUCCCACAGUCCCUCGCUCUGAGAAGGUUGUGCUUGUGUUUCGCGCUGUGUGGAACCCUACAGAACAACAGGAAUUCCCGGGUCGUGUUUAUGUCACCACAAAGAACAUUUACCUCUUCAGCAACCAUCUUGGAUUAGUUCUUAUCACUGGCGUCAACAUGGCUUCCAUUGACGAGGUUACUGCUGCUCCUGGUAAAGACUGCGAUUUCCUCUUCCUUCAUUUCAAAGCCAGUAGGAAAGAAGAUGGAGCUACGCGAAUCACAAUCAAGACAUUCCUUGAGCCUUUGAAGCUACUCCAGCGCCGUCUGAACUUCUUGGUUCGUAACGCGACUACCGGAGAAUUUGGAAUGGAAGAUGUCAUGAAAAGCUUGAUAAGAAUGGAGGUCAACGACAAUGAGCAAGCAUCCGAUCCCGAUGGCUGGGAAGACGUGUCAUUACAUACCCCAAUGGACCCUGGGUAUGGUGGAAAGGACCUUAAAAAGAGCCUCCGCAUUGACGGAAAUUUAUUUGGCCCUCCAGGUGGCGCCAACCGGAAUGCCCCUAAGUUCAAACUGCCGCCCCAUCCUGUCGUAUUCACUCCGAAAGACAUGACAGAGGUAGCAAUAGAAAAGGACUACGACAUCAGUGCCAAGGGACUUUUCCACAUACUUUUUGGUGACAAGAGUGCAGUCUUCCAGAUGCUUUACAGGGAGCGCUGGGCUCAGCGCAUCGUGCAAGGACCGUGGAAGACGACCGAUAAAGGCAAGCAGCGCCGUGAUUUCGAGUAUGAAAUCGCCCAACCCGGGCAAUCUGACGCUAUAGUCAUCGGCGAUUAUCAAAUCAUUGAAGUUCUGAACGACCACCUCUGCUACGUUGUGGCUGACCGAAAAACACCGUGGUACCUCCCUGGCCAUGACCGCUUCAUACUCCUAACCAAGAUCGUCAUUACUCACGUCCACAAAGCCCGCUGUAAAUUGACCGUUUACAGUAAAGUUGAUUGGUCGCGCAACCCUCGAUUCGCCAAGAAGCUCAUUGAACGUCAAAGUCUCCAGGAUAUGGAAUUGGAAGCUCAAGAUCUUAUCGAUGUGGUGAACGACCAAGUCGCCAGGCUCGGACACAAUCGUAGCACAGGCAAAGUCCUCAAUAUCUUCGGUCAAAUCGGUGUGAUGACCAAGGCAGCACAGUUCACUGCACAAGACAUCCCACCACCCAAUCGUCCACGCAAGUUCAAACUGCGACCUCAAACGACGGGCAACUUCAUCGCCCAACUGAUUGGUAACAUCAUCGUCAGCAUACUAACAACGCUUAUGAGCUGGAUCCUCGCUGCUUUCGCCGGUCUUGGAAACGUUAUCUCUACACACAAAGUCCUCGUUAUUCUCCUCGUCCUCAGCGGCGGCGCAAACUUCUUCUAUACCUCACGUGAGUCUUGGGUAUGGUGGCACGAACGUAACGCCGCAAAGUUCAUGUCUCGCCUCGGCGUUGGCCCGUCGUCCACCAUGAAUCGAGCAAUUUAUCUACACGACAUUGAGGAUGCUUUCCUAAAUCAAACCAACACCUUCCCUAUCUCGUCUAUGUCUCCCGAUGAUCAAACCAAUAAAUGCGAGCAAACAUUCGCGUCGCUCCUCUCAAAUCCGCCCACAUACGCUCCAUUAUCCUCUUCUUCGUCUCCUCUAUCCACAUCAUCCACCCAACGAUCUUCUGCCCUUCGUCUGCACCGCACCCGCCAAAAUCUGGCGCAUCAUCGCCACGACCUGCUUGUCGCCCUGCGCGUCGUAAAUCGCAUUGAGAAGGAGGUCGUGGAUGGCGAGUACGAGAGCUGGCUCGGCGAUGAGGUAGGAAGAUGUGAGCGGGUCGGUGUAUUGCUGGGGGCUAGUAGCGAUGCUGAGAAGAAAAAGAAAGAAGGAGAGGUGGGUCAGUGGGUCAAGGAAUAUUGCGGGGAUUGUGCCGGUGCACUCGAGGGGGUUAGAGCGAGAGGCAAUGGGGGUAGCGGUAGGUUGAUGUAG